UCUCCAUGAUAGAAAGAAGAAGACAUCAGAUAACCUUUUUGCCAUGGAGACACCAAGUUCAUCGAAUUACAGCGAAACCCACUUCAAGAAGUACAAAAUCUUGAAAAUAGUCGGAGAGGGCAGCUUUGGACACGUGUUCAAAUGUGUCCACAGAGGAACUGAAGAGAUCGUUGCCAUCAAAGAAAAGUGGUGGGCUCUGGACAAUGAGGCAUGCACCCUAAAAAUCUUAAUGGAAAAAAAGCUUGACAAAUGCAAUAUUGUCAAGUUCUACGAUGGAUUUUCGGGGGACCGAUGUCUUGUCUUCGAGCACUUAGACAUCACCCUGGGGGGGUUCCUCGCAGAAACAAAGACGGCCAUGCGUCUCCAAGACGUCAGAAGAAUCAUCCAACAGAUGGCCGUAGCAUUUGAUGCCCUAAAGAACAUCGGAUUGAUCCACACCGAUGUUCACAUCAAUAACAUCAUGCUGGUGGAUCGUGUCAGACCAAUCCGGGUGAAGCUGAUUGGUUUUGACAUGGCUAUUCCCAGCCACAAAGCCAAGAGGAGCAUGAUCGACCAUGGCAGUUUCUACAGAGCUCCAGAGAUUAUGUUAGGUAUGCCAUUUUCUGAGGCCAUUGACAUGUGGUCGCUCGGCUGUGUGAUGGCAGAAAUGGUUGUAGGCUCGACGCUGUUUCCAGGAAGGAGUGACCAUGAGACGCUACGGUACAUCAUUGACAUCCUGGGUCCGCCGUCAGAUCGCAUUAUCAAGGAAGGGAGGAAGUCAAGGGAAUACUUCCAGUCGGAUUCCCAAGGAUGGAGGCUCACGGAAUUCUCGAGAUGGUGUGGGACUGAUGACAGGUCCUACUCGUUCCGGUCCCUGGAUGGAAUAAUAAAGACGUGUCUGAAGAAAGUCAGGAGAUCGAGGGACUGCGUCAACUUGUUAAAGGCGAUGCUCCAGUGGGAUGGGAGGGAGAGGAUUACCCCCAGCGAAGUCCUCACCCAUCCAUUUAUUACAACGACCUACCGCAACAACAAAAGAACUCUGGAGACUGCAGCAAACGAACCCGGCCUGACAGAAACACCCAACUUGAACCAGGAAGCUGAGCCUGGAACCAGUGAGGUAUACGAGCCCAGUAUGAACCAGGAACCCGGAACCAAUGAGGUGGAUGAACCCGGUAUGAACCAGGAACCCGGAACCAAUGAGGUGGAUGAACUCAGCCUGAACAAGGAAGAUGAAGAUGGAUUCUGGAGUAACGUUCGUCGCACAGUGCCAUCAGGUGUGAUCAUGGUUCAGCCUCUACCUCCUGCAUUCAGUCUUCCACCGGUGGAGCUGGUAUCCUGUUUGCGAGAGGCACAGGCUGAACCUGGACCCAACAACGUAGAGGAGGAUUUCUGGAGUGCUAUACGCCGCAUAGCACCAUCAGGCAUCCUUAUGGUUCAGCCAGCUCGUGCUCCUGGUCUUGCUCCUGCUCGAGCUCCUGCUCCUGCUCCUGCUCCGGCUCUGGAUCCCGCUACCGCCCCCGCCCCCGCUCUGGCUCCAACUCUGGCUCCAGUUAAGGCUCCUGCUCCUGCUCCGGCUCCUGCUCCGGCUCCGGCUCCGGCUCCGGAUCCCGCUACCGCCCCCGCCCCCGCCCCCGCCCCCGCUCUGGCUCCGACUCUGGCUCCAGUUAUUGCUCCUGCUCCUGCUCCUGCUCCGGCUCCGGCUCCGGAUCCCGCUACCGCUCCCGCCCCCGCUCUGGCUAUGGCUCUGGCUCCAGCUAUGGCUCCUGCUCCUGCUCCUGCUCCUGCUCCUGCUCCUGCUCCGGCUCCGGCUCCGGAUCCCGCUACCGCUACCGCCCCCGCCCCCGCUCUGGCUCCGGCUCCGGCUCCUGCUCCUGCUCCGGAUCCCGCUACCACUCCCGCCCCCGCUCUGGCUCCCGCUCCCGCCCCCGCCCCCGCCCCCACUCUUGCUCCGGCUACUGCUGCUACGGCUCCUGCCACUGUUCUAUAUGACAACAAUCACCUGGAUAGAACGGAUGACAGCGAGCCGAAGAAGAAGAAGAAGAGGAACGGCUUCAAACGUUUCUGCUCCUGGUGGAAGAGGACGUUUUUCUCAUGCUGCUGCGUGAGCACCGUGGAGGACUGA